CGGUCUCUCCGUGGCGGCGCGUGCAAGCGCAUGGAGGCUGCGGCGCUGGAGCGGUUCCCCAGCCCGGGCAAGGGCAGCGGCCUCCGGUCCCGACGGCGGGUGCGGCCCGGUGAGCUGCUCUGCCGCGCUCAGCCCUUCGCUUACAUCCCCACCAAGCAGCAGCUCGGCAGCGUUUGCGAGCGCUGCCUGCGCAGGAACGAACAUCUGCACAGAUGCUCUCAGUGCAAGGUUGCUAAAUACUGUGGUAAAUCUUGUCAGAAAGAAGCUUGGCUGGACCACAAGCAGGAAUGUAGGUGUCUUAAGAGCGUGGAGCCUAAUUUUCCUCCAGACUCUGUAAGACUUGCUGGCAGAAUUGUUUUUAAACUCCUGAGACAAUCAGUAUGCCUUUCUGAGAGCCUGUACUCUUUUGCUGAUCUUCAGUCAAACACUGAACAGUUAAGUGAAGAAAUGAAAGAUGGCCUCAGGCACCUCGCACAGACUUUGCAACUGUAUUUGAAAACAGAGAUCCAGGAUGUGUCUCACUUGCCACCUGCAAUUGACUUUUUUCAGAUCUUCGCAAAACUGACCUGUAACUGUUUCACCAUCAGUAAUGGAGAGAUGCAGGAUGUUGGUGUUGGCCUGUAUCCCAGCAUGUCUUUGCUGAACCACAGCUGUGACCCAAACUGUGUGAUUGUUUUUGAAGGAUACCAGCUUUUACUUCGCUCCGUCCGAGAGAUCCAGACUGGGGAAGAGCUCACCAUCAGCUAUAUUGAAUCCCUGAUGCCCACCAGUGAACGCCAAAAGCAGCUGAUGCGCCAGUAUUGCUUUCAGUGUGACUGUCUUCUCUGCCAGAAUCAAGAAAAGGAUGCUGAGAAAUUGGCUGGUGAAGAGGAUGCCUGGAAAGAAGUCAAAGAUACUGUAAAUGAAGCUAAAUGUCCAAAAUCAAAAGAAGAGUGGGAGCAGGUUCUAGCCAGAUGCCAGAAUCUCUUGAGCAGCAAUGUGGAUCGUAUUCCAGACACAAAUAUCUAUCAGCUGAAAAUGCUUGACUGUGCCAUGGAUGCCUGUGUUAACCUUGGAUCUUGGGAAGAAGCUUUGUAUUAUGGCAGCAGGACUCUGGGAGCAUACAGACUGUAUUAUCCUGGUUUCCAUCCGCUGAGGGCUGUCCAGCUGAUGCGAGUGGGCAAACUGCAGUACAAUCAAGCCAUGUUUCCUCAAGCACUGGAGACCUUGAAACAGGCCUAUGAUAUUAUGAAGGUGACCCACGGGACAGAUCACAGCCUGAUGCAAGCCUUGAUGGACAUAAAGGAAGAGUGUGAGGCCAUCAUGAGAACACAGUGAAGAAAAACCUCCAGUCUAAAAAAUAAAAAUAUUCAAGGAGAAAGGAAAAGAAAUGCAUUCCAUCACAUUGGGAAGUUUCUUGAUGGUUUUUGGUGCCUUUUCGUUAGGUUCUAUUUGCUUUACAAAAAUGUUUUUUUCUCAGUAUGAGCUGAACUGAGUUGAUGUUUGGAGUAACAUCUGCAGUUUCCACAGGAUUUUUUUUCCUACCAAACGGUCUAAUUGAAAAGACCUAAGUAUCCAUUUACAACACCUAAUUUAAUUCAUCAUAAGUAUUGGAAAAUGUAUAUGGAGUCUUUAUCAGUUACAAGCAACGUAACUCCAUUGAUAUCAGCAGUCAGUUUUUAAUGCCAGCAAUUAACAAUCUCACAUCAGACAAAUUCAAGUAGAGAGAAUAUAUUUUUCCCUUUGCCUUGCCCUUAGGUAUGGUUCCCCACAGCCUGAUCCAGAGCUCUUUGACAUCAAAUAAGUUUCCCAGUGUUCUAAAUGAGAUUUUCCUCCUUCCCAAUAUAUCUGCAGGGCUCUUUCCCUCUUCU